AGGAGGGGUUUUGGCGGCUCCGUGACUAGCCCGCUAGCGGGAUAGCCUACCGGGAAAAGGCGUUGUGUUACUUGUUGCUCUGUAUGCUUUGGCCUGUGACAGAUUUAAAUCCUCACCGUGCUUUUUAGGGUAACUGUUAAUAUUUGGGUUCUCUGCCUAAGUAUCAAAGUUGCCUUUGACUCCUGCCAGUGCUGUUGUCUGGCAGCAAGUUUCACAGCUGGCACAGUGUGAUGUUUGAUGGCAGCUUCACUGGACAGUAAACCAUUACUCCAGACUCCAGGGAUUGCACAAGUGAGGAUGGAUCAGACUCUCAACAGGUUGCUUGCAAUGAUGAUGCUUUGCUGGAGACAGCCACCUGGCUUUUGAGGAGCUGGAUUAAGACUCCCAACUCAACUCAUGCCAGUUGUGAAGGCGCAACAUCACUUGGAUAUGGUCCGUUCUCUGAUCUCUCCCCCGGCUCAGGAGUGGGGACUGACUGGGGACUGGUGCCCUAGAGAUUUUGUAAACAAAGGAUAAGAGGGCUCUCACUGGGCUUGAUUGCAGCCCCCAAAAUAAACUUGAAAGAACAACGUCACUUUUAUCGUCAAAUAAAUGGUAGUCCCUUAGACUAACAGAGGGAGAGCAGAAAAACUGAAGAUGGUUGCCACUGCUGUGACCUUCAGGCUAAGAGAAGCGCGAGAUCUCAAGCAUGCCUCAAUCCAAUGAUUCCUUUCUUCCUGUGUCAUCAACUUUUCGAAGCAGAAAUGAGAUGGGAACUCUGAUCUUGUGUAGCAUAUAGGCUGCUUUGGGAGGAAAUAAAAAGGAACUGAAUAUGCAAACUGGAUGCUGUGAACACAUCAGUCAACUCUUCACUGAAGUUACCUGUCAGAAACUGGCUGGACUACAAAUAGACUUACGCUGUUGCUGCCAUAGCCUCCCUUCUCUGAAUCCAGCAGUGCAGGAUGAAAUGAACCUGCUAAAUCUUGGCUCUGCUUUGGGGAAGUGCCCUUUGCUACGUUGUAGGACUCUGAAGAUGUCAAACAGCAACACGACACAGGAGGCUCUGGAAAUAAUGAAAGAGUCAGAAAAAAAAGUGGUUGAAGAAUCUGUGAACAAAACCAAAUUUGUAUCCAGGUCACCAAGCAAGGAGGAGGCGGAGAAGGAUGGGGGGGAGGAGAUCAACAUGCGUCAGGAAUCUCAGAGGCGAACUUCAAGUCAUGGACAUGCCAGAAAAAGAGCCAAGUCUAAUUCAAAGCUUAAACUGGUCAGGAGUUUGGCUGUAUGUGAAGAAUCGUCUAGCCCCUUCGUAGAUGGGCUGCUGGAGUCCCAGGACAUCAUUCAGUUGCACGUUAGCUGUCCCUCUGACAAGGAAGAGGAAAAAUCCAUGAAAGAUGGGGCUGAAAAAGAAGAAAAAGACAAGAAUAAAGAAAAGGCGCCAAGGAAAAUGCUGUCUCGAGAUUCCAGCCAGGAAUAUACAGACUCUACUGGAAUAGAUUUGCAUGAAUUUUUAGUAAAUACACUGAAAAAAAAUCCAAGGGAUAGAAUGAUGCUGCUAAAGUUAGAACAGGAGAUUUUGGAAUUUAUUAGCGAUAACAACAAUCAGUUUAAGAAGUUCCCUCAGAUGACCUCGUAUCACAGGAUGCUGCUGCACCGGGUAGCGGCCUACUUCGGCAUGGACCAUAACGUGGACCAAACCGGGAAAGCAGUCAUUAUCAACAAGACCAGUAACACACGAAUCCCUGAGCAGAGGUUCUCUGAGCACAUCAAAGAUGAGAAGAAUGCAGAGUUCCCACAGAGAUUCAUCCUAAAACGGGAUGAUACCAGCAUGGACCGAGAUGAUAAUCAGAUCAGACUCCCCUUGCAGGAUGGGAGAAGGAGCAAAUCUAUAGAAGAGCGAGAGGAGGAGUAUCAGCGGGUCAGGGAGCGGAUAUUUGCACGAGAGACUGGCCAGAAUGGAUAUCUCACUGACAGCAGAAUCUCCAAAGAAGGCUUUUCUUCUAGUUCUCACAAACGGAGGCAGAUUUUUAGGGGUAACCGGGACAGUUUGAACCGGGCCUCAGGCAGCCGUCAGAGCAGCACAGAGAGUGAGAUAAAGUCUCUGGAGCCUCGGCCGUGGAGCAGCACAGACUCAGAUGGCUCCAUCCGCAACCUGCGACCACCUGUCACCAAAGCCAGCAGCUUCAGUGGCAUCUCCAUCCUGACGCGGGGGGACAGCAUUGGGAGCAGCAAAGGCAGCACUGCCAGCAGAACAUCCCGGGCAGGUCUGGUACUAGGUGCCCCUGAAGCAUGCAGCCAGUCCCCUUCUGCACAGCCCAGCCGUGGCCUCCUGCCCUGCGCAGCCCAGCAGCCUCAACCACAGUCACCACAACAGCCACAACCACAGCCCCAAGGACUUCCACCCACAGCCCAGCAGCAGCCAGCCAUGGGUAACCACAUGAUAUCGCAGCCGGUCCCAGCGCUGCAGCCUGUUCAGUAUUCUCCAAGCUCCUGCCCCCAAGUCCUCUUGCCAGUCUCUCCACCCCAGCAGUACAACAUGGGUGACGAACUCAGCAACCCCUUUGGGCAGAUCAGCCUCAGCCGGCAAGGCUCUGCGGAAGCACCGGAUCCUUCCUCAGCCAUGUUCCAGUCAUCCCUCAUCUCCCAGCAUCCUCAGCAGACAGGAUUCAUCAUGACAUCCCCUGGGCAGCCCAUUCCCACCUCCAACUACUCCGCCUCAGGGCACACGGCCCCCACGCAGCAGGUGCUGCAGCCCCAGAGCUACAUUCAGCCUCCCCAGCAAAUUCAGGUUUCUUACUACCCUCCCGGGCAGUACCCGAACUCCAGCCAGCAAUACCGAUCUCUCAGUCACCCAGUGGCCUACAGCUCCCAGCGCACUCAACAGCUCCCCCAGCAGUCCCAGCAGCCUGGUUUACAGCCGAUGAUGUCCAACCAGCAGCAAACAUACCAAGGUGUAAUGGGAGUGCAGCAGGCACAGCCCCCUGGCCUCCUCAACAGCCAGAGGAACAGCAUGGGGGGUCAGAUGCAGAGUAUGAUGGGAGUGCAGCAGGCGCAGCCCCCCGGCCUCCUCAGCAGCCAGAGGAGCAGUAUGGGGAGCCAGAUGCAAGGCCUGAUGGUCCAGUACACUCCACUGCCUUCGUACCAGGUCCCCAUGGCCAAUGAGUCCCAGAAUGUGGUCCAGCAGCCCUUCCAGCAGCCGGUGCUUGUACCAGCCAGCCAGUCUGUUCAGGGGGGGCUUCAGACUGGAGGGGUUCCCAUCUACUACAGCGUCAUCCCAGCUGCCCAGCAGAACGGCACCAGCCCUUCGGUGGGGUUUCUUCAGCCACCUGGCUCUGAACAGUAUCAGAUGCCACAAUCACCCUCACCCUGUAGUCCACCACAGAUGCAGCAGCAGUAUUCAGGGGUGUCUCCAUCAGGCCCUGGUGUGGUUGUGAUGCAGCUGAAUGUACCCAAUGGCCCCCAGCCCCCCCAGAACCCCCCCGUGGUGCAGUGGAGCCACUGUAAGUACUACAGCCUGGACCAGCGGGGGCAGAAGCCAGGAGACCUGUACAACCCAGACACCAGUGCUCAGGCCAGCGCCCAGUUGAACAGCCCCAUCACGUCCCCCACCCAAUCCCCGACGCCGUCUCCUGUCACCAGCCUCAACAGUGUCUGCACAGGGCUGAGCCCCCUCCCGGUCCUCACACAGUUCCCCCGGCCCAUGGGCCCGGCACAAGGUGAUGGGCGCUACUCGUUGCUGGGCCAGCCGCUGCAAUAUAAUCUGUCUAUCUGUCCCCCGCCCCUGCUCCACAACCAGCCUAACUACAGUGCACACCAGGGACAGACUGGAAUGAAACAUGGAAAUCGGGGCAAGAGACAAGCCCUCAAGUCGGCAUCCACUGAUCUUGGGACAAGUGAUGUAGUUCUUGGCCGAGUGCUGGAGGUGACGGACCUGCCCGAGGGCAUCACGCGGACAGAGGCUGACAAGCUCUUUACCCAGCUCGCCAUGGCUGGUGCCAAAAUCCAGUGGCUCAAAGAGACUCAGGGGCGGCGUGGAGAUGGGGGCGGUGGGGACAACAACGGGACUCCAGAGAACGGCAGGCACACUGACCUUGCUGCCUUAUACACCAUUGUGGCCGUGUUCCCCAGCCCGCUGGCCGCCCAGAACGCCUCCCUCCGCCUCAACAACUCCCUCAGCCGCUUCAAGCUGCGUGUGGCCAAAAAGAACUACGACUUGCGGGUGCUGGAGCGUGCCAGCUCGCAGUAGGGCUCAUGUAUGGGCACAGAGCACACUGGACUGCGGGCGCUUCCCUCUGCCUUCUCUCUUCCUUUCUGCCCUCCCUUCCUCUCACCCUCCUUCCUGGAUAUAUUUAUAUGGACAUAAUUAAGAGACAAGAAAUUGAUUUUUUUUUUUAAUUUUUGGAGUGAUGCCCAUGCCCGCCCACCCUACCCUGUGUAUAUUGUUUUGUUAAGCACUGUGUUGAACCGCACAUACAGGUGUUGAUUGGUAUGUUCACUGCACAUUUUAUUUAAUCUGAUUAUUAUUUGGGGUUUUUUUUUUGUUUUUGUUUUAUUUGAGGG